UUCAAGAAAGUGAAGUCUCAACAGCAGUUCCAUUAUCCUGGAGCUAAGAAAUAGCUUCUUGGCAGCAAAAGUUGUGCAAAAGGAAGAUGAGUUGCCUGAAUAGUUGAUUCAGAGAAAUAACAUGGCAUAAAACAUGGCUCAGUUCUACUACAAAAGAAAUGUCAAUGCUCCCUACAGAGAUCGCAUCCCUCUUCGGAUUGUAAGAGCAGAAUCUGAACUCUCACCAUCGGAGAAAGCCUAUUUGAAUGCUGUGGAGAAGGGGGAUUAUGCCAGUGUCAAGAAAUCCCUGGAAGAGGCAGAAAUUUAUUUUAAAAUUAAUAUCAAUUGCAUUGAUCCCCUUGGAAGGACUGCUCUUCUCAUUGCAAUUGAAAAUGAGAACCUAGAGCUUAUUGAAUUGCUCUUAAGUUUUAAUGUGUAUGUUGGAGAUGCUCUAUUACAUGCCAUAAGAAAGGAAGUUGUGGGGGCUGUGGAGCUGCUAUUAAACCACAAGAAACCUAGUGGAGAGAAACAGGUGCCUCCAAUACUCCUGGAUAAGCAGUUCUCUGAAUUCACACCAGAUAUCACACCAAUCAUUUUGGCAGCCCACACAAAUAAUUAUGAGAUAAUAAAACUGUUAGUCCAGAAAGGCGUUUCUGUACCUAGGCCCCAUGAGGUUCGCUGUAACUGUGUUGAAUGUGUCUCCAGUUCAGAUGUAGACAGCCUGCGUCAUUCUCGUUCCAGACUUAAUAUCUACAAAGCCUUGGCAAGCCCAUCUCUGAUUGCAUUGUCAAGCGAGGAUCCAUUUCUCACAGCUUUUCAACUGAGUUGGGAGCUUCAAGAACUGAGCAAAGUAGAAAAUGAAUUUAAAUCUGAAUAUGAAGAACUAUCCCGGCAGUGCAAACAAUUUGCUAAGGACCUUUUGGAUCAGACGAGGAGUUCCAGAGAGUUGGAAAUCAUCCUAAAUUAUCGAGAUGAUAACAGCUUGAUAGAAGAACAAAGUGGCAAUGACCUUGCAAGACUCAAGUUGGCUAUUAAGUACCGACAAAAAGAGUUUGUUGCCCAACCGAACUGUCAGCAGCUCCUUGCAUCUCGCUGGUAUGAUGAGUUCCCAGGCUGGAGGAGAAGACACUGGGCAGUGAAGAUGUUGACAUGCGUCAUCAUAGGACUUCUUUUCCCUGUCUUCUCUGUAUGCUACCUGAUAGCCCCCAAAAGCCCCCUUGGACUCUUCAUCAGGAAACCAUUUAUCAAGUUUAUCUGCCACACUGCAUCCUAUUUGACAUUUUUGUUCCUGCUGCUACUUGCCUCUCAACAUAUUGACAGGUCAGACUUGAACAGGCAGGGGCCACCACCAACCAUCGUCGAGUGGAUGAUAUUACCGUGGGUCCUGGGUUUUAUAUGGGGUGAAAUUAAACAGAUGUGGGAUGGUGGACUUCAAGAUUACAUCCAUGACUGGUGGAAUCUAAUGGAUUUUGUAAUGAAUUCCUUAUACUUGGCAACAAUCUCUUUGAAAAUCGUUGCAUUUGUAAAGUAUAGUGCACUUAACCCCCGGGAAUCUUGGGAUAUGUGGCACCCCACUUUGGUGGCAGAGGCUUUAUUUGCUAUCGCAAACAUCUUCAGUUCUCUGCGUCUGAUCUCACUGUUUACUGCCAAUUCUCACUUGGGACCUCUGCAGAUCUCUCUCGGAAGAAUGCUGCUAGACAUUUUGAAGUUUCUGUUCAUUUACUGUCUUGUAUUGCUCGCUUUUGCAAAUGGUUUGAAUCAGCUGUACUUCUAUUACGAAGAAACAAAAGGAACAAAUUGCAAAGGAAUACGGUGCGAGAAACAGAACAAUGCCUUUUCCACCCUAUUUGAGACACUUCAGUCUCUAUUUUGGUCUAUAUUUGGGCUAAUUAAUCUAUAUGUGACCAAUGUCAAAGCACAGCAUGAGUUCACAGAAUUUGUUGGGGCCACAAUGUUUGGAACAUACAAUGUCAUCUCUCUAGUUGUUCUACUCAACAUGCUUAUUGCGAUGAUGAAUAAUUCUUACCAACUAAUUGCUGACCAUGCAGACAUUGAAUGGAAAUUCGCACGGACAAAGUUAUGGAUGAGUUAUUUUGAAGAAGGAGGUACUCUGCCCACUCCCUUCAAUGUCAUCCCAAGCCCCAAGUCUCUUUGGUAUCUUCUCAAGUGGAUUUGGACGCACCUGUGCAAGAAAAAAAUGAGGCGAAAACCAGAAAGUUUUGGAACAAUAGGGAGGCGAACAGCUGAUAAUUUAAGAAGACAUCAUCAGUACCAGGAAGUUAUGAGGAACUUGGUGAAGAGAUAUGUUGCAGCAAUGAUUAGAGAUGCUAAAACCGAAGAAGGCCUUACCGAGGAAAACUUUAAGGAGCUAAAACAAGACAUUUCCAGCUUCCGUUUUGAAGUGCUAGGAUUGCUAAAAGGAAGUAAGCUUGCUUCUUUACGAUCUUCAAAAAUUGUAAAGGAACCUCCACUGGAGACUGAAGAGAAGAGUGAGAGUGAAGGGAGUGACAAGACAAAGAAAAAGAAUUUCAGCCUCUUUGACAUAACCAGCAUGAUUCAUCCAAGGUCAGCAGCCAUAGCUUCAGAAAGACAUAACGUGAGCAAUGGUGCUGCCCUGAUGGUUCAUGAAACCCCCAGAGAGAAGCAGAAGAAAGUGAACUUCGUGACCGAUGUCAAACACUUUGGGCUGUUUCAUAAGCGCUCGAAACCACACUCUGCUGAAGCAAACACCGACCAGAUCUUCUCGGUUUCGGAGGAAGUUUCACGUCAACAGGCAGAUGAAGAACUUGGGAAACAUUUUCACCUGGAAGCAAGAGGACUACCCAGCAAAGGUGAACGGAGCAUCCCAGGCCUCAGUGAACACUGUGUAUUAGCAGACAUGAAAAGAAGGAGCAGAGAGACUUUGAAUUUACACUUCAGCGAGAGCCUUUGCACCUUGGAAUCAGAGAAGUUGGUGGUAGAGGACACUGUGCCCAUAUACCAAAGGACAUGCAUGCCAAGGAAGAGGCCAGUGCUAAAGACUAUGAGUUAAAAAUCACAGAGACAGUGAUACAUGAAGACUAUGUAACAACAAGAUUGUGAUA